UGCCAGGCUCUGGGACUCGGGGCAUGUGGGUCUCGGCCUGGGCUCCUCAGCAACAGGAAGAUGGCUUCUGCAGCAACAGAGGAAGAGAAGGGGUCUCCUGUGGUGGUGGGGCUGCUGGUGGUAGGCAACAUCAUUAUUCUGUUGUCAGGCCUGGCCCUGUUUGCCGAGACAGUGUGGGUGACAGCUGACCAGUACCGUGUGUACCCACUGAUGGGCGUCUCAGGCAAGGAUGAUGUCUUCGCUGGCGCCUGGAUUGCCAUCUUCUGCGGCUUCUCUUUCUUCGUGGUGGCCAGCUUUGGUGUAGGAGCCGCACUCUGCCGCCGUCGGUCCAUGAUCCUCGCGUACCUGUUGCUGAUGCUCAUCGUCUACAUCUUUGAGUGUGCCUCUUGCAUCACAUCCUACACCCACCGUGACUAUAUGGUGUCCAACCCGUCCCUGAUCACCAAGCAAAUGUUGACCUUCUACAGUGCAGACAGCGACCAGGGCCAGGAGCUCACCCGCCUCUGGGACCAGGUCAUGAUUGAGCAAGAAUGCUGUGGCACAUCUGGCCCCAUGGACUGGGUGAAUUACACAUCAGCCUUCCGGGCAGCCACUCCAGAAGUGGAAUUCCCCUGGCCCCCUCUGUGCUGCCGCCGGACAGGGAACUUCAUCCCCAUCAAUGGAGAAGGCUGCCGAGUGGGCCACGUGGACUACUUGUUUACCAAGGGCUGCUUCGAGCACAUCGGCCAUGCCAUUGACAGCUACACUUGGGGCAUAUCGUGGUUCGGCUUCGCCAUCUUGAUGUGGACACUCCCUGUGAUGCUGAUAGCCAUGUAUUUCUACACCACUCUCUGAAGAUGAGGGGGAGGCCAUGUGUUCACCUCUGCCUGAAGAUCCUGCCUCUCAGCCGCACCCGGACCUCCUCAAGCUCCUCCCACCCCAACCUCAUGUACCUCAGUCACAACUUGCCCCUGCCCACUCCCUCCAUCUUUCUUUCUUGCAAUACCAAGUCCUGUUGUAGGUGUGGGAGCUGCCCUGGACCCCAGCUGUGCCCCAGGCCCUGGACCCCAGCUGUGCCCCAGGCCCUGGACCCUAGCUGUGCUCCAGGCCCUGCUUUUGUGGGCCUGGACCCCUGUGGCCCUGCUUUUGUGGACCUGGACCCCUGUGGCCCUGCUUUUGUGGGCCUGGACCCCUGUGGCCCAUCUUUUGUGGGCCUGGACCCCUGUGGCCCAUCUUUUGUGGGCCUGGACCCCUGUGGCCCAUCUUUUGUGGGCCUGGACCCCUAUGGCCCUGCUUUUGUGGGCCUGGACCCCUGUGGCCCUGUGUCACUUGGCAGAUCUGGUUCAUCUUCCUAGGGACAACAAAAUGUCCUGUCCUCGGAGGCCCUUCCAACUGUUCCUGACAACCCAUCAUGCACCUCUCUUGUGGCUUCCGAAAUUCUUGCAGGUGUAGCCGUUGUUGCUCAGUAGCUUGUAUAAGCUCUAGUAGACCUAGAUUGCUGAAAGAGGAGGGACACAUUCUGCUGUGGUCAUUGUGGGGUCUCCGUCAUCACCCAGCGUAUGUCUAAUAAACACUGGCUGGCUGAAUGAGUA